AUGAUUCGCCCGCCACACUUAGGGAUGGUGGCCUGCGGAGCAACUCCGCUCCCUCCUCUCAAUCCCCUGUCCCCACCCCCAUCAACUGAGGUGAGAUCAGGAAUAAAUCAGUACUGCUCAAUUCGUGAACGCACGUCCACAGCAUGUCCAAGCAGGGCGUUCUCGCUGGCAUUCAGGAAUACUGCUCUUGGGAUGCACAAUAACUUCAGAUCCCUCGUUGCUACUGGGCGAGCUAGGAAUGGAUUUUAUUCGAACGAAAAUGCACCACCAUCAGCGCUCAUGUACCUUCUGAGAUAUAACUGCUGGGCAGAAGCUUACGCCCAAGCGCACGUAAGAAGCUGCAGCGGACGCCAAUCGUAUGCUUGGCAAAGACCUGGCUGGAAAGAAAACAUCCACAUCCUUUGGACGACGGCAACCGAUAGACUAGGAGCCAUUCAGAAUGCGAUAGCAACAUGGCAAGCCGAGCUUGCAAGGUUUGGAGUUCCCUCAAACAUGGUCUUCACAUAUUGGAUGCAAAACUAUGUGGCGAAUCACAUGACUAAGGUUUGCUUUACCUUAAAUAAACUAAUGAUUGGCCAAGCCUUGCUCGCAGAAUCUAAUGAAAUUCAGAUCGUCUGGGGUAAUAACAGAGACAUUGGAUGUGCAACACAGAGAUGUAACGGAUUCUACUUCACAUCCUGCUUAUACAGAGACUAUGUCAACACUGUUGGAACAAGCAUCUACCCAAUCGGAGCGGUUUGUAGCCAGUGCCCUGCUGGUCCCAACAACUGCAACGGCAAUGUUGGACUUUGCUCAUGGUAG